AUGAUAAUGGUCAUGUUUGCGGCAGCAUUUCAAAAGCUAAGACUGCUUUCUGAAAGCGUCUUUGCAAAAGCAUCUACUAGAAAGCUUUCUAAAAGCGUUUUUAUGUCUUUUUGUUCAUGCAUGUUGAUUUAUUGCCAAGGUCAGUUGCACAUUUUCAGGGUGAUCAAAUCCAUAAUCCAUUUGGUCUGGAUACGGAGUUCUUUUGCUCUAAUCUCCAAAAUCAAAGGUCAGCUGACUGAGGAAUUAGUAAGGAAGCCUCAAAGAACUUCACAGCAGCAACGGAGAGAGGACGGGAAGAGGAGCCACAUUGCACCCAGCAGCAGCCCUGUGGGCAACUUUUCACCUGAAGCACUACAUUAG